CGAAAGAAGGCACUUCCAGCGAAAUCAGCAACCUAGACGCACACUCCUAGUUGCAGCGUUAGAUUUCAGACCGGAAUCCCAAUCAAAGUUCCUCUGUUUUGCCGACUGUGUCCAGGCCGGAAUCCCAAUCAGUUUUUGUUAUCUGAGAGACAUGUAUUCCUCCAGGGGGGGUAAUGCAUAUGGCCAGCAGUCAUAUUCUGCACAACCGGCAUAUGGGCAAAGUUCUGGACCUUAUUCUGGAGGCUCUGUUGGUGGCCCUGAGGGAGGGUCUCAACUUUCCCUGGCCUCUCGGCAUUCAUCCAUGUUAGGUGGUUCUCAAGAAGCAGAUGUUGGUGGAUAUAGAGCUCAUCCAUCAACUGCAGCACAUUAUGGGGGACAAUAUGGGGCUGUUUAUGGUGCAUCUUCUUUGAAUACCGCUCAACAGCUUUCUGCAAUGAGCGGCAAGGUAGGGGGUUCUUCAGCCCUUCAAAGUCGGGGUUAUUCCUCAGCUAUGGCAGAAUCACCUAAAUUUGCAUCUGGUGACUAUGUAUCAUCAUCAAGCCAUGGUUAUGGUCUCAAGGGAGACCAAUUCUCCUCAGGAAAGGUUUCUGACUAUUCAUCACUGGAUAGACGACAAUAUAGUGAACAAAAUGCUUAUCUUGGACAGGAGUUACAAAGUGAAUCAAGUAGACGAUAUGUAGAUUCUAUUGGUCUUGGUCAUCAACAUCAGCCUGAGAUUUAUGAUCGCAUUGAUCAGGCAUCUUUUCUACGGCAACAACAAAUGCUGAAAGCUCAAUCGUUGCAAUCUGCUUCUCUAGAUGGAGGUGCAAGACCCAUUGAUUAUCUUGCAGCAAGGGGUGCUACUGUUCGUCAUGCAACUGAAGAUCUUAGCUCUUAUGGUGGAAGAAUGGAUGCUGAUCCGCGCACUUUAUCAAUGCUUGGUGGUUCUUCAUAUGGUGGGCAAAGCGCUCCAUCAAUUCUAGGGGCAGCUCCUCGCAGGAAUAUGGAUGAUCUAAUGUAUGCACAAGGAUCUUCAAGUGGUGCUUAUGGGGUGAGUCUGCCUCCUGGACGGGACUAUGUCACGGGGAAAGGACUUCGGGGUGCAUCAAUUGAGUCUGAUUAUCCAGGUAGCAUGCUUUCGCGUGGUGGGCAUCCUGGCAUUGGAGCAUCCAGGGUUGAUGAGCGGAAGGAUGACAGAGCUGGGCUUCGUCGGGAGAUUGAGAUGAGGGAGGAUGAGCGUCGUAGGGAGCAUUUACGUGAGAGAGAGAAAGAAAGAGAAAGGGAGAAGGAGCGGGAGCGAGAAAGAGAACGGGAGCGUGAAAGGGAACGCCUUCAGGAGCGCCGGGACAAAGAGAGAGAACGUGAACGUAAGCGUGGACUUGAACUUAGGCGUGAACGAACUCCACCAAGAGUCACUAGGGACCGACAUGGUUCCUCUUUGAUGAGAGAUGAGAGGCCUUUACGACGAGAUUCUUCUCCCCGUCACGAGGCUUUACAUAGGCAUCAUUCACCCGUUAAAGAAAAAAGGAGAGAAUAUGUCUGCAAGGUCUAUCAAUCCUGUUUAGUGGACUCUGAAAAGGAUUAUUUGUCCUUAAACAAACGCUAUCCAAAGCUUUCAAUUUCACCAGAAUUCUGCAAGGUUGUUCUUCACUGGCCAAAGGGAAACCUGAAGCUUUCUUUACAUACUCCUGUCAGUUUUGGGCAUGAUCUUGUUGAAAUAGAGGAGAAAUCUGAGCAGAAGGAUGCAUCAACAAAAGUGUUAACCGAAGAAUCUGGGAUGUCAAAUUGUGGAAGGACUGUGUGGAAUGCAAAGGUGAUCCUGAUGAGUGGAAUCAGUAAAGAUGCUCUGGAUGAUUUGUCUUCUGAUAAAAGCUCUGAUGACCGCAUACCACAUUUCAAUAAUAUCCUGAGGUUUGGCAUUCUCAGGAAAGAUCGUUCCUUUAUGGCUAUUGGAGGCCCAUGGGAUGUUGUUGAUGGUGGGGACCCUUCAAUUGGUGACGAUUCCUUGAUUCAAACAGCUCUUAGACAUGUGAAGGAUUUAACUCAACUUGAUUUGUGUAAGUGCCAUAAUUGGAAUCGUUUCCUCGAGAUACACUAUGAUAGAGUUGGAAAGGAUGGAUUAUUCAGCCACAAAGAGAUUACUGUCCUAUUUGUUCCAGAUAUGUCUCAGUGUCUUCCUACGGUGGAAGCAUGGAGAGACCAAUGGCAUGCAUACAAGAAAGCCAUAGCUGAGAGAGAGCAUCAACUUUCUUUAAAAAAGAAAUCUAGUGAGAAGAAAGAAGUGGUGAAAGGGGAUCGGAGUCAAUCAAAAUCAGAUAAGGACAUGGGUUCCCCAAAAACUGAAAAAGCUGAAGGCAAUGUAGCAAAGGAUGAAAAGGAUGAAAAGAAGGGGCCACAUGGUACACCCUCUGGACAGGCUAUUGAUGUCAAGAAAAAGGAGAAUGAUGAUGGAAAUGGUGCCAAAGGAAAAACAGCUGAGAGAGAGGGGGAUGCACUUGAGAAGAAGAAUGAGAAAAAAGAUGGAGAAGCAAGUGGAACGGGAAAGCAUGUUGAAAAAGUGGAGCAGGAUGACUCUUCCACUGCCCAGACAAUUGAGCAGAAGCCUGCGAAGAAGAGAGUUGUGAAAAAAGUUACAAAAAAGAAGGUUUCUAUUAGUAAGAUAAAUGACUCGGAAGAAACAGUUGACAAACAAAAUGAGACAUUGGAUGAGAAAAAUGUAGAGGAAAAGCAAGUUAAGCCAGAAACCACUGUAGAGCAGGAUGGAACUCCUGCGGAUACUUCUGGUGUCAAAACCUUGAGAAAGAAAAUUGUAAAAAAGGUUCCUGUGGGAAAAUCUUCUAAAAAAGGUGGUAUAGGUGUAAGCUCUGACGAAAUGCAAACUGGGAAAGAAGAAGAAAAUCCAAAAGAUAAGACAGAUCUCAAUGGUUCUUCUGCUGUGCCAGAAUCUGCUGUCAAAACAACUACUAAGAAGAAAAUCAUUAAGAAGAUACCCAAAAAGAAGGCCAACAAUGUGGAAGAAAAGAGUGGAAAUGCUGAGAGCAAGGAUGUUGAGAAAGAAGAAAAUAAGACAGUUGAAGGAAAUGAAGCAGAAAACAUGAAAGAAUCAGCUGCUGAUGCAGAUAAGCAGGCUGCUGAGGCAAACAAGUUGGGGAAGAAGAAAAACCCUAAAACAGAGUCGAAAGCAACGGACACUGAGAAGCAAGAAGCUGGCAAGGAGAUUAAAAAGGAAGAGAAGGAUGCUGAUAUUAAAAAGGACUCCAGGUCUAAAGUGGACUCUGAGGCUUCCAAGGAAAAAUUUUCCAAUAAGGAUAGCCGUGAGGCCAAGAGGGAAAAAACCAAAGAUGAGAAAGAGAAGAAAGGCAAAGAUGGGAAAGAUGAAUCUAGGGGCAAAUCAAGUAAAGAGGUAAAAGAAAAGGGAAAGUCAGAUGAGCCUCCUCAGCAUCCUGGCUUGUUACUACAAACAAAAUGGACCAAGGAUUCUAAAAUCCGAUCAUUGUCGCUUUCACUGGAUUCACUAUUGGAUUAUAAUGACAAGGAUAUUGAGGAAACAACCUUUGAGCUUUCCUUAUUUGCAGAGUCAUUGUAUGAAAUGCUUCAGUACCAAAUGGGCAGUCGUCUUCUGACAUUUCUUCAGAAACUGCGUGUCAAAUUUGUGCACAGAAGAAAUCAAAGGAAAAGACAGCGUGAUGAGAACCCUGAGAAGGAUACUGAUAAGGAGAAAUCAUCAAGGAAGCGUUCCAAGACGACUGAUGAACCUCCUGUGGAGAAUGAAUCUGGUAAAUCUGAAAAGCCUGAGUCCACCAAUGUAGAAACCCAAGAAACUAAUGCUAAGGAAAUGGAUACUUCUGCGGAUGUGGAUGAUAAGUCCAAUGUGGAUAAUGAAUCUGAAGAAGAGGAUCCAGAAGAAGAUUUGGAUGAAGAUCAAGAAAUGGAAGAUGCAAGCCCCCAAAAUGAUACUCCUAAGGAAGUUGAAAAUGAAGACAGGCAAGCUGAUGCGGAGGCUAAGCCUGAGGACUUGCUUGAUGAAAAGCAUGAUGCAGAGAAAUCUAUGCAGGAGCAGAAGACUGAUAAGAAAUCUUCAGGUACAGAGGAAAAAUCCGAGACGUUGGAAAAGGAGAAAGAGGUAGGGGUGGAGACACCUAAGAAAGUAGAUCCUGUUGCUGACAAGGAGCUAUUGCAGGCAUUUAGGUUCUUUGAUCGCAAUCGAGUUGGCUACAUCAAGGUUGAAGAUUUGAGAUUGGUUCUUCACAGCUUGGGUAAAUUCCUUUCACACAGAGAUGUUAAGGAACUAGUGCAGAGUGCAUUGCUUGAGAGCAACACAGCAAGAGACAAUCGCAUUCUCUACAAUAAGCUGGUGAAGCUUACGGACAUCUGAAAUUGGAUAGGUGAGUAGCCAGGGGCCAUUGAGGUCUUCCAUGGAUAAUUUUCUUUAGGUCUGAGUGAAGAUUGUUAUACUUUUCGAUAUUUAAUUCCUUUCGGCUCAACUCCAAUGUAAAGAAUUGGGCGGAUCUUGCAUUUUACAGAAAAUUGAGGAUUCUGCUUCUUCCCAUAAAAUUAUUUAAUUGGAACUCCAUUGUCCUCGCA